AUGGCACGUUUUCCUCUUGUUAUUAAACUUGCCAAUGUUCUUGUCUACCUUUUCCUUCUCGGCGCCAAUAUUUACUCAGUAGCUGGUCCAGAUCAAGAUCAAUCCCCAUGGCAUGAAGACCAUCCCACAUUCAUCACGCCAGCAGAAUAUGCAUUCUAUAUUUGGGGAAUAAUCCACUUCCUCUUUGGUGGUUUCAUCAUCUAUCAAUUCUUUAGCACAGCAACCGAACCAGUCACCGAUGGCAUCCACUGGCACUUUGUUUCAAUCUCCCUCUGGAACACUCUCUGGCUCUAUCUAUGGCAAACUAAUCAUCUCAUCCUCUCUUUCAUUGUCAUCCUUAUCACCUCUUCGCAAGUUUCCUUCGUCUACUACACCCUCCAUAACAAAUAUCCAGCCCAAAAUCUCAAUGACAAGAUUUGGAUUCAUGCACCAUUUUCCCUUUACCAUGCCUGGAUCUUGGUUAUUGUUCUCAUAAAUCUCUUUGCUGCCUUCACCCAAGAAGCUGAGGAAGACACAAAACCAACACUCAUCACUAAAAUCUUGGUCUUCCUUGGUUUGCUCUUCCUCGAAUCAACUGCUGUCGGUUACAUUGAAUACUUCAAAGGUGAUUUCGCCGGUGCUCUCGUAAUUGCCUGGACCUUGUUCACCAUCUACCUUGGACAAGCUGACUUAUUCAUCCGCUAUUCUGCUCUUUUCUUCUCCGUUGUUACUCUCUUCCACUCGUUCAAACCUCUCGUCAAGAAAUACUUCUUUGCUUCACGCGAAGAAACUGCACCAUUGUUGGGUUAA